GCAGAACAUGUACAAAGCUCAGAUGAGGAAGAAACGACCAGAGAUGGAGCGGAGGAAGAGGAGGGAGCGACGAUGUGGAGAGGAAGAGGAGGAGAAAAGAAGAGACGUUAAAAAACUGCAGAUUGAUCACGAAGCGAAAGAAGAACUGGAAGAAAAUUAGAAAAAAUAUUUUAUCUAACAAGAAUUAGAAGCAAGCAGCUCUUCUUUCAUCAGCACAGAAAAGGAUGAAGGUAUGAGGAUGACUCCAAAUGCUCAGGAGUCCGUCAGGUGCGGCGCGUCGUCCUGCAGCUGCGCCUGUUUUAAACCCGGAAAGGUCAAACUCAGGUCAUGUGAUCGCUGUGGACACGGCUGGGUGGAGCACGCUCUGGAGAAGGUCCAGGCCCGGCCGGCGUCCGGCUCCAGCCCGGUGGAGGUGGCCCUGCCGGGGCCGGUGUUUGACCUGAGCUCCCUGGUUCUGUUCGGAGCUCAGGCCGUUCCCGUCCAGCUGAAGAUCUUACUGGACCGACUCUACAGCGUCCUGCCUCCAGAGCAGGUGGGUCAGAUUCUGAACAGUCUGGGCUGGAGUUUGGGUGAUUACGUCCGAGGAUACAUGCUGCAGCGUCCUGAUGGGGGCGUGUUGGAGCGCUGGGACGCGGCCACGCCCCGGGAGCAGCUGCUGCUUCUCAGACAGUUCCUGCGCUUCGGAGAGACUCGGCCCAUAGUGGAGGUGAUGAUCCUGCAGCACCUGGAGGGUGAAGAGAUCCAGCCUGACCAGCAGCCAAACGCUCCGGUGAAAAACAUCCAGUCGGGUUCGAAUAACCGAGCGUCCGGUUUGAGACUCGGUUCUCUGAGAGACGGCCGGCUGGCGGAGAGCAACGGCCCAGCAGGACAGUCAGUGCUCCUGCCUUUCCAUUUUCCACAAUCAGGCGUCUACCGUUCAGCAAAGGAAACAUUUCCUUCCACUGAGCUGCAAAACGUCCUGCAGGAUUUCAGGAAGAACAAACUGGUUCAGAAACACGACAGACAUCGAUGUGAGGAAGACGACGACUCUGAACGGCAGAGAUCAGAACCGGCCUUGGCCAUAAAAACCGACCCGGACAAGCCAAAUCCGUCACCGUGGCAACAGAACCCCAUCCUCCACCAGGACCGGGUUUUCCUCCAGAAGAGAUUCCUUUCUUCCUCUUCCUUCAACUUCUCACUUCCUCCUUCCUCCCUGGUGUGUUCUCCACUCCCCUCCUCUUCCUCCUCUCGCCUCCAACCUCCUCCAACGCUUCCCUCCUUCUCCUCCUCUUUCCUAAGACCUCUUCGCUCCUUUUCUUCCCCUCUCCUCCCUGUUACGUCGCCAUGUUCGUCCCUCCAUCCUCUCCCGUCUUCCCUUUGCUCCUUCCCUUCCCUCCUGGCCGCUGGGGGGCGGAAGGGCAGGGUCAGCUGUGGCGUCUGUGGGAAAAGCUUCUAUGACAAAGGAACCCUGAAGAUCCACUACAACGCCGUCCACCUGAAGAUCAAACACCGCUGCACCGUUCUGGGCUGCGCCAUGGUGUUCAGCUCCCUGCGCAGCCGCAACCGGCACAGCGCCAACCCGAACCCGCGGCUGCACACAGCCGGCAGCAGAGAGUCUCAGCCGUACCGAAACACGCUGAGUGGACAGAGCGGCGUUCACGCUCCAACGCAGAGACACCAAGAGAAACAGGAAACACAGGGAAGCAGGAACCAUGAUUCCUCUCACAGCCCGCCUCAGGAAGCCGCCUCCCCCGCUCCGCCUCUCAUCCCUCCAGCUCCACCCUCAGGGGGCAUCUGGCCCUCAGGGGGCAUCUGGCCCUCAGGGGGCUCCCCGUCUUCACUUACCAACCUGCAGACUGGUCAGCAGUGGUGGAAGGGGAAUCAGUCCUUACCACAAAAGAAGAAACCCAGGAAGUCGAGCAUGCCACUGAAAAUAGAAAGAGAGACGACUCAAAGCAGCAAACAUGAAGGCGAGAGCUGAAGAGCUGAAAGACUCUGAAAUAUUGUUUACAUUAAUAAAAAAGGGAGCAGGAGCUUCAGUUUGUUGCAGCUUUGAAAUGAUUCUGAAUUCACACAUUUUUGCACGUUUACAAAUAUGUCGUACUUUGUGUCCACUGGCUGUUUACCUGUAAUUAUUCAAUGAUAAACUUCAUAUAUCACACCUGAAGCUCAUUUUAUAAACCUUUCAACAAAAAAAA